AUGAAUAAGCCUCAGUCUAUCGUAAAACUUACACUUCAAGCAAAAGAAUUAAGGAUAGAAGACCCUAAUUCUAACUUACUGCUCUUAUUUAGUCAGAAAGUUUUCUUUACGAAUGGAUUUAUUUUAGAUUAUUUUUUUCAGUCAAAAUUUGAAAAUGAAAAUAUAAUUUGGAGAUUUCACCAUUAUAAUCAUUUCUGUAUAUAAAAAUGCUUGCUUGCAAAGAAGGGUAUUUUUCUAAAAAUUUAGUAUAUUUUCAUUGAUUUUAUAUGCCAACCAAAUUUUGGGGAGAAGUAAGCACAAAACCUGCUGUAAAGUGUUCACUAAAACAGAUAAUUCAGAGAAAUGGGAAGAAGCUGGCCACACUGAACUUAUCGAAUUUAAUAUAAACCCAGAAUAUAAAAAAGAAUUUAAAAUUCAAGUCACCUAUAAGAAAUCCAAGCUAAUUAAAAUAAUCCUUUACGAUUUCUUUGGAAACUACUUACAAAAGAUUGGGAAAGUUGCCUUCACUUUGUCUGAUUUGAUGAUUAAUGGAUCAACGACAUUUAGCAUCAAAAAUUAUGGUGAAAUCUUUGGAAAACUUAUAGUUCAUAGCGAAAUUCAUCAUCUAACCCCUCUUAUGUUUUUUUAUAAAUAAUUGUUAUUUUAUUAAAAAAAAUAAUUGCUAUUUUAUUUAAAAAAAAUUGCUAUUUUAUUUAAAAAAAAAAAAAAUAAAUACCGACCAAAUGAGUAAGUGAACAAUUCAAAUUUCAGAUCAGAGGGGAAAAUUUGGUAAAUAAAGAUCCGUUUAACUUCCGUUCGCCCUAUUUUAAGUUUUAUCGGCUCAGAAAAGGCCAAGAAAAUUUCCAAAUUUACAAAAGUGAGGUUAUUGAAGAAAGCUUAAAUCCAGCAUGAAAUCAGGUUAGUUUUCAUUUGUAUGAUGUUUGUGGAGAUAAUAUACAUACCCCUCUAAAAGUCGAAGUAUGGGACUCUAAUCCUAUGCUUGAAGAUGUUUUAAUGGGGGAAGGAUAAACUAUUUAAAAAGAAUAAGCCUUUUAUAGAGAAAAAUAGUAGCUUUUUAUAGGGAAAAUGAAUUAUUGGUAGCAGAUAAUGAAGAUUUAUUCUUUAUAAAUUAUUAUAUACCUCUGCAGAUCAAUUGCUUGGAAAAAAAUCAAUUACUCUGAAGAAAAAUAAAAAAUUCAAAGGAAAAAUUGAAAUAAUUCGUGCAGAAGUAUUGGAUCAGAAAAUCAGAAGUUCUUUCUAG